AUGGCCAUGGCCAUGGUCACGUCUCAUGCGUUUCCCAUGGCCGCCGUGGACGGGGACAAGCACGCGCCACCGUGGUUCGGAAGCUACAACCCUUUCCGCGACCGACACCGGCCGAGAGGGUUCAAGACGUGCGACGAGGUGCCGGGGAUGUGCCGUGGGGCGUGGGGAAGCCCCGGGCCGGACUGCUGUGGGAGGCUGUGCGUGAACCUGAGAACGGACUUCUUCAACUGCGGGCGGUGCGGGAGGCGGUGCCGGUUCGGGGAGAUGUGCUGCGGCGGCGGGUGCGUCAACGUGUUCUACGACCCCAACAACUGCGGCUUCUGCGGCAACCGGUGCAAACCCGGUGGGUUCUGCAGAUACGGGAUGUGCGACUACGCGUCGUAG